UCACUUCAAUACACAUCCGCGGAGUAAAACAGUUCCCAUAUUUAACGCAUGUUAUUGCUGCGUUUGAACGCAAAAUGGUCAUAAAAUUCACACUUACUCACAGGGAAAGUUGAAUUAUUUCGUAACGCUGCUACUUACACGCUUACGAGUCGUUCAGGUAACUUUGUAGCUCACAUUUGCAGCGAAAAGUGCCAUGUGUGCGGAUGAAGAAAAAGAAGGCAGUAUUAAAUGUUCAGUUCGCAGUGAUUCACAUGAGACUCAACGCAGCACGACAGCGGCGCGUGAAGUUUCCAGGUUUCAUAGGUCGGGAUUGAGAGAGAUUUAUUUUUACACACGUGGAUAAAACACACACUGAAGAUUUAACCUUCACUCACUGGAACAUCUGGAUUUCACUCAGUUUUCACAUCUGUUCUGUUUAUUCUGGAAGUCAUAACGGCAGCCUGAUGCCGCCGGUGCUGACCAUGUCCAGAGGGAACUAUGAUUACGACUAUGACACGGUCCAGCCCUACUUCUUGCUGGAUGGCGAGGAGGAAGACUUCUACCUGCCGCCGCGCAGCCAUCUACUCCCGGGCCCCGGCGAGGACAUCUGGAAGAAGUUCGAGCUGCUGCCAACGCCCCCCGUGUCCCCCAGCCGCAGACCCUCCCUGUCCAACGUCCCUCUCUCCGCCGCCGAACACCUGGAGACGGUGUCUGAGCUGCUGGAGGAGGACUGCAACCCCCCCUUCCUCCAGUCCUUCAUCAUCCAGGACUGCAUGUGGAGCAGCAGCUUCGCCGCCGCCACCAAGCUGGAGCAGGCGGUGUCCGAGAGGCUGGCCUCGCUCCGUGCCCGGCGGGACUCCCCCCCCCCUGCCAGCAGCUCUCACACAGGCUCUGCGGUGAACACGGGGGGGCACCUGCAGGACCUCCAGGCUGCAGCGACGGCCUGCAUCGACCCCUCUGUGGUGUUUCCGUGCACCCCGCUGAGCGAGAGGAGCGCUGAUGGAGCAGCAAUGGCGUCAGAACUGUGUCUGGACUCACCGCCUCUCAGCAGCCGUGACUCAGAAGAAGAACGUGAGGAGAAAGAGGAGGAGGAGGAGGAGGAGGAGGAGGAGGAGGAGGAGGAGGAGGAGGAGGAGGAAGAGGAGGAGGAGGAGGACGUCGACGUGGUGACGGUGGACAGGCGCAGCGUGUCACGGAGGUCACACACCAGCAGUGGACCGGACGCCUCCCCGCUGGUCCUGAAACGUUCUCACAUCAACAUCCACCAGCACAACUACGCCGCCCCGCAGCCCUCAGCGCCCCCCCGACAGCCUGCCGGGAAACGGGUGAAGUCGGAGAGCAGCCGCAGCUCUCGGCCCGACGCCGGAGAGGAUGCCGACAAGCGCAGGACUCACAACGUGCUGGAGAGGCAGCGCAGGAACGAGCUGAAGAUGAGCUUCGUGGCUCUGAGGGAUGAGCUCCCGGCGCUGGCCAACAACGACAAAGCGGCCAAAGUGGCGAUCCUGAAAACAGCCACGGAGUUGAUGUUUGAGAUGAGAGAGGAGGAGAGGAGGCUGCUGGGGACGAAGGACGCGCUGAGGAAGAGGAGCAGAGAGCUCCAACACAGACUGGAGCGACUGAGGACUUUACAUUAACGUUCACUAGUUUCUUUAUAUCACCAACGUCCGGGCUGCCACGCACAUCUUCCAUGAACAUUAUUCAUCUUCGCUUUUUAUCAGAGCUGCUAAUUAUCUUUGUUUUCAUCAGCGAUCAAUCUGCAGAUUAUUUUCUAGAUUAAUCGUUUGCACAAUGAGAAGGAUUUUCUCUUUUCUGUUCGUCAACAGAAAGGUAGCGACCAGGCGGUAGAUCGUGAGCACGCGUCCAAGACGAAGCUACGAUAAUGGCGGGCACAGCCGCAAACAAAUACAAAUCUAGCGAGGAGGCGAAAGACAAAGGUUCUUCCAAAGCGAGGUGGUUCCCCCGCUGGAGAAGGACAAGGGGCAAACCUAAUGUUUAUUUAAUUUUUUAUUUAAUGUUUACAGCUGAUCGCAAUCCUCGACACUGUCCCUUUAAGAAAUGCAGUUUGGGGGCGUGGCCAGUGAAGUCAGCAGUGUGAUGCGGGCGAAUCCUUCUCAGCUGAUCAUGAAGAUCAACUAUUUAAUAUUACUCAAUAUAAUAAUAUAAUAUCACUAAAGCAUUGUUUUGAAUUGUUUUAUUACUUUUUAUAUUUUUAUAUUUCACGAGAGGAAGUUCAUGAGAAGUGUUGCAUACUCUUCAAAAUAAAAGCCCUUCAGACACUGGAGGUUCUGUCGAUGUUACAAAUGGUUUAAGAUUUGUUUG